AUGGGUCCGAUGAGAAGUUUGAAUUUUUGGAGUGUUUUGUUGCGAAUUCUGUUUGGGUUAUGGUUAGUUUUUGUGGUGGUAUGGCCUGUGAAUGGAUUAAGGCCUUUAAUGCCGGGGUCGAGGUCUUUGGCUAUGGAGUGGCUCCCUCUAGGCAAACAAGAGAAUGAAUUGGGUCCGUUUUCAUCUUGGAAUAUAACAGGGACAUAUCGGGGAAGUUGGAAGUUCGUAGAAUCCACAAAUGCUUCAUCCAAAUUUCCAUAUUUUACGAAUUCAAAUGGGAACUCCGUACUGGAGUUGAUUAGUAUUCCCACACAAAUAACUGGGGUGCACUAUGUUCAGGGGAUUAUGAUAUUUCAUGAUGUGUUCGACAAUGAGAAAGAUGUUCGUGGUGCUCAAAUCGGGCUAGAAGGUGUGUACUUAUGGCCUUUUAGACAGUUGAGGCUGGUAGUUAACAGUGGAAAAGUGGUCAAUUUUGGACAGGAAGACGAUUACUUAUUAAUUAACCCUUAUCACUUGAUGGGAGUCUUCUUUUCCCAGUUGUUUCAAGAGACUUCCCUCUGGAAUAUGAAACGUCCUUUCAUUUAUGAAAGGGAGAAGCAUUGCAAUUUUGAAAUUGCAGCUCAGGUUUCUCUUCACUCCUCGGGAAAAGAUGGCUUUCUGUUUUACAAUGGAGAUCAAGAGAAAUAUUAUCUAGAAGGACUAAUGGAGAGUCGUUCGGUGGAUGAUGACGUGGCCUGCUUUUCGCCUAUGCAUUUAAAUGCUACUACAGUCGACACUGAUGUCUACUAUAAUAAAGCAAUUAACUACACUUUGAUGGUUAUCUUGAUCUCUUCCCUCGAAAUUCUAAUGUUAAACCGACUAACGGAACACAGUGACACCGAAACUGGGACUGCCAAAGUUUCGCUUUUGAUGAUUGGCCAUCAAGCUAUAAUGGAUACUUAUCUAUGUAUUCUGCAUCUUACAGCUGGAAGUUUAGUUGAUUCCCUGUUUAAUGCUUUUGCUAGUGCCACAUUUUUCAAGUUUGUGGUCUUCUCAAUAUAUGAGAUGCAUUUGCUUCUUGCAAUAUGGAAGGCAAAUAGACCUCCGAAUGAAGAGAAUUGGGACACAACGAGGCGCGAGCUUUCAGCCCUUUACAGUCGUUUUUAUGCUAUCCUUUUAGGUGGCAUUAUCAUAAUGUACGAGUUUCAUAAGUUCUUCCGCUUUAUUCUCCUCCUUCUCCACUCGUUUUGGAUCCCGCAAAUAUGCAUUAAUGUGGUUCGUAACUCGAGGAAAGCUUUGCACCCUUAUUAUAUCCUUGGGAUAACGAUCACCCGUGCUGCCAUCCCGCUGUAUGUGUUUGGGUGCCCACAUAAUUUCAUGCGGAUCGAGCUCGAUCGUAAUUGGUGCAUUUGUUUGGCUCUUUUCAUGGGACUCCAAGUCUUUAUUCUUCUACUUCAGCACUAUUUCGGAGCUCGGUGUUUCAUUCCUCGUCGGGGUAACCGUUGGGUAGUUGGCCAAACUGCCCAUUAUCUGGUGCCAUCUCCUUAUCCGAAGCCAAUGCAACGAUCUUCUUUUACCAACGGUUGCCACAUCAUGAAGGACCUGAAGCCUUAUGUCUGUCACGCUAGCCUGCCAACCGUCGCUCACGUGCUAAGCAUGCGCCUACUUCAACUUCAUAACAGUUCCCGCCAAGAGCUAGGUUGCGGUGCUCAUGCACGCUCGCCUCAUUCGUCUCUCGUCAACCGAGCCAACCCUUAG